AGCCUUUUACACUCCACAUUCCCACACGGCGGCUACGCGAUGCGUCAUUGCGCUCAAGUGUAGUCGUGACGCAAAUCUCGCGUGAUGAGACUUGUGGCGUCGGGAUUUUCUGUAAAACUGGAGGAGGAAGCUUGCAAAUAAAAGCUUUGCGGGAGGUGCCACAGUCUACACAUGGAUACAGCAGAGAGUCCUGCACGGGACAGUAUUUCUCCAUUAAUAGUGCAACCAGAGCUCACACAAGAGGAAGAAGACCACUCUUCAGAAAAGGAUUUGAGCAAAGAGGAAGAAGUCGGUACAGUGUUUCUAGAAGAAAACAAUGUCAAAGUCAGUAGCCCUCUUACACCUGGUAAUCAUUCAGAUGAGGAUGAUAAUUUAAGUGAGACAAAGUCUCAGGACACUGAUAAUGAACAGGUACCAGAUGAAACAAACUCUCCUUUUCAUAAUGUGCAACAUGAGGAGAGAGAAAAUGAUCUGAAUGAUGAGGCCUCCUCAGUAACCAGGGAGUUGGACGAGCAUGAAUUGGACUAUGAUGAGGAGGUGCCAGAAGAACCACCAGGUCAUGUUCAAGAGGAGGAAAAUGAAAAACUUGGAGUUGAUGAUGAAGAUGACAAGGAAAAAGCAGAAGACUCUCCCACAGAUAAGGAAUUUAAAGCUAAGGAUGAAGAGGCAGACAACAAUGAAAAGCAUAAUGAUAAGAAAGAGGACGAUGAGGGUGAUGCUGAUGAAGGAGAAAUUGAUGAUGAAGACUUGGAGGAAGGUGAAGUGAAAGAUCCUAGUGAUAGAAAAACAAGACCAAGGAUGACUUGCAGAUUCUUCAUGCGAGGUCAUUGUACGUGGGGAAUGAGCUGCCGAUACCUCCAUCCUGGAAUGAAUGAUAAAGGGAAUUAUUCAUUGAUUACGAAGCAGGACACUUUUUCAUCCAAUGGUACUCCUACUGUGGGUACUAAUCCUCUAGCACCAUCAAAUCCCUGGGGAGCACCUGCAGCUGAUGAAUUACUUCCGCCAGUGCCUGAACCUCCUGCAGAGAGUGCUUGGGAAAGAGGACUUAGACAUGCAAAGGAGGUGCUAAAGAAAGCCACAAUGAGGAAGGAGCAGGAGCCUGACUUUGAGGAGAAACGCCUUACUGUAAGCAUUGGAGAAGAGGAACGAGAAUUUGAUAAAGAAAAUGAUUUUAUGCAUGACUGGAAUUAUCGCAUCACAAGAGAAGUCCGUGAAUCGGGGGAAGUGGAAUUCCGUGAAACUAUAAACCAUGCGUCAGACCCAUAUGCAGAUCCAUAUGGUGACUUUGAAAUGGAACGCUUUUGGCGAGGAGGCCAGUAUGAGAAUUUCAGAGUGCAGUAUACAGAAACAGAGCCUUAUCGCUACAGGGAAAGAGAUCGGGAAAGACAACGUGACCGAGAAAGAGAUCGGGACAGGGAACGAGACAGAGAGCGGCGUCAACGAGAAAGGGAACGAGAGAGAGAGCGGGACCGAGACAAGGAGAGACAGCGACGAAAAGAAGACUGGGAGAAAGAUAGGACCAAAAGAGACGAGAAAGAGCGACAAAAAGACAAGGAAAAAGACAAAGAAAAGGAUAAAGACAAGACAAAAGUAAAGUCUCCUCUCCUGACAGGCCGCCCAACAGAUGCAUCCAAGAAGGAGACCUCUACUACUGCUUUGGUAGCUACUAAUACUGCUACCUCUGCCGCCGCUACUGUUGCUGCUGCCGCCACUGCUGCUGCUUCUGGUUCCCCUGCAGCAACUGGUUCUACACAGGUAAAAAGAGCAGAUGAGUGGAAGGAUCCAUGGCGUCGAUCCAAGUCUCCAAAAAAGAAGCUUGGUAUUUCUGCAUCACCCAGCCGAGGAAGGAGACGGAGGCACUCGUCUGGCUCCUCUGCAUCAGGGUCCAACUCCUCGAGGUCAUCUUCCCGAACCUCCUCAUACACUGGUUCCUCACGCUCUAGAUCGUCAUCUUAUUCUUCCUAUUCAAGCCAAUCAUCCCGUGGCAGCUCAUUCUCUGGCAGUGGGUCCAGAUCAUUCUCCUCAUCUCCGUCACCUUCACCUUCUCCACAUAAAGGACCCAUAAAAACCAAAGGGGAGCCUAAUGCAGCUAAAGGAGAAAAACAAAUUUUGAAAAAGCCCACCGCUCCUCCAGUGACAGUAUUGCCUGUGAAACCACAGAAAAGUGCUCCAGACGUUCCGAAACCAGGCGAUAAUAGAAUCGGCAGACCAAAGGAGGUGACAAAGAAAGUUCGUCCAAGGAGGAGAACUCUAAGCGGCAGUAUCAGUGGAAGUGCUAGCAGCUACAGUGGCUCUAGUUCUAGAUCUCGGUCGGGGUCUCGCUCACUUUCCAGAUCUUCUCACUCCAGUUCCUCAUCUGUCUCACCCUCUCCGUCUGCUACUAGGAAAGCAAGGAAAUCUAGAUCCCUAAGUGUGAGCAGUGUCUCUGCCGCAUCAAGUAUUUCCUCUAGCAGCAGCUCUGUGCGCAGUGCAGAUUCUGAUGAUAUGUAUGCUGACCUUGCCAGUCCCAUCUCUUCUGCUAGCUCCCGCUCUCCCACACCUGCCCACAACAAAAAAGAAAAAGGAGACAAAACUAAAAAAGAAGAGCAAAGACUGACUAAAGAAGAACAAAGACUAACUAAAGAAGCGCAAAGACUGACUAAAGAAGCACAAAGACUGACUAAAGAAGAGCAAAGACUGACUAAAGAAGAGAAGCGGUCACGGGAUAUGGGACCUGUCCAGCCUCUUAAAGCUGCUCCUGCUAAAGUUGCAAAAACUAUUUCUGCUAAUAAGCCUGCUCAACCGCCUCUUGUUCCAGCAGCCCCGAGUGGCUUCAGCGCCCACAAGGACAUCAAACUGACUCUCCUUAAUAAGGUGGGAGACAAAGGGAACAGGAAACGCUAUGAACCAUCAGACAAGGACAAACAGGCCUCACCCCCUGCCAAAAAGCCCAUGUUGUCACCAGACAGAACUAUACGAGAUCGCAAGCAGACCGCUAAACCACCGUCCCCAAAACCUGACCGCCAGCGGGUUCAGAAUCCAAAACCAGCUCCUGCUCAGACAGAGAGGAAACGCCCUCUGUCCCCACAGCCGAAGAGUUCAAGCAAAGUUACCAGCAUCCCAGGCAAAGGGCCAGAGAUCCCGGCUCCUGCAGCUGCCAAGCUAAGCAAGCCCAGCACAUUAUCUCGCAGGGAAGAACUUCUGAAGCAGCUGAAAGCGGUGGAGGAUGCUAUUGCACGGAAGAGAGCCAAAAUUCCUGGCAAAGUAUAGCCCCAGCUCCACGAGCAAUAAGUAGACUUCUGUGUUUUUAUACGUACAGUUUGAGCUUGAAGGUGGCCACAUUUUGGGGAAUCCAACCCCCACCUCUGUUUCAUUUAUUUUGGCCAUAAGUUCAUCCUCAUUUUGCAAAAGCAUGAAGUAGAGGAAGAUCAUUGUGGAAUAAAAUCUCUCCAUCAUCUUUGCUCUUGUCAUAUGGUUGCCCAGGAACACAAAUGAAUCCUCUAUGGAUCGAGAAUAUUCCAAUAUCUAGAGUAUGCGACACUUCAUGUGGGUGGUAAAAUGAAGUGUUUGAUCUUUCCUGACGAUCAAUUAGUGUUCUUUUUUUAAAUUUUUUUUUUAAUCGUUUGGCUCUAUCAUUGCCUCUAACAAAGAGCCUUCCUUCUCUAAACCGGAAAUGAAAUCGACGCUGCCAGUCUCAUCACACCUCAGCAGCAUCUCCAUGCUACAACAUGCGCGGUCUGUCCUCCAAGGAAGGCAAAAACUAUACAUAUAUAUAUCGAUUCAAUCCUGAAUGAGACAUUUUUAACUUGAAGUCAUAGGCUGUUUUAGGUUAGAAAGGAGGAGGACAGACAUGAAGAACUAGGAUGAAAACGCCAAUGCAGUGCUGUUGUUGGGAUGUCAUUCUGUUGACUUGGACAUUUUUGGGGUGGUUAUGUACCCCUGAAAUAAAGUAUUUUGAUAAAA